AUGACUGAUACCCCUCCACAUGUGAACAGUGAUACAGAUUCUCCUAUUGAAGUGGAACGUCACAAGAGAAGAAGGGUAGACGUCUCAGAUUCCUUACAUGCACAGUCAAGGGACCCGAGGGUGGUACCUACGACGGCCACCCCGCUUGUACGUGAUGAGGAUUCAAACGAUGAGGAAAACUACACAAUAACCAAUGUUUCUUCUUCUAUAGCUGACGGAAAUAAUGAAACAAGCUCUGAAAAUGAAUCUGAUGAGUCUAUUGAAGUGUUAGGAGAAAGAACUGCCGAUGUUUCAGAUGAUGACUUUGGAUCAAACAAUGCCCUCGAAUGUAAUAAUGAUGAAGGAAACGAACCACGACAUACUCCCAUUAACUUUGACGAGCUAGAGGAAUUUUUCCAACCCGAAGCUUCAGGUCCCAUAAAUGCUGACGUUGCUGACACAAUACGAAGUAGCACUGAGGGCAGCGUAACAGAUAUUGCCCCUACACAUUCAAUUAGUCUUGAUGUCAAUGAAGUGGAACAAAGUAUUGGACCAAGUUCUGAACAAGAAGAAACUAUAGGCCCCAUUGAUUUGGAUGCAGAAGCUGCGGAACAGCAAGUAAUAGAGAUUCCUGAUGAGGAAGUCAUGAGUAACAAAGAAUCCUCAGAAACCCCUAUAAUGUACAAAGCCGCCAGGGAUUACAGAUGUCCUAUUUGUUUCGACCCUCCAGAAGUUGCAAUGAUGACUCCAUGUGGCCACGUGUUCUGCUGUGACUGUUUAUUCCAAAUGGUCAACAGUUCAAGAACUUAUAGAAAACUUGGUCAUUGUGCAUUGUGCAGGAAAGAUGUAAGACUUCAUGAUAUCAGAAUGCUGAUACUGAAGAAGAAAAGAAUAAAAAAGUAA